GGGGGAGGCAGGGGGAGUGAAAAUGAGAAGGAUGAACAGCAACACCAGCGCACGCGGGAACGGGUUCGGAUCGGGAUAGGGACGCGGCGAUGCGGAGCAGUUGUUAUGAGGAGGAGCUGUCGUACGAGGGGGACCUAGAUAAAAUCAACGCGACGUCGAUCAUUAUGAGGAGGCUGAUGAGUGCACUUUGGCCUCUUCCACCGUCCCAUCCGCAUCGGUGGUCAUGCCCAGGACCGUCAAAUGGACCACAUUGGACCGUAGUUCUUGCACGAGCUGCUCGAACUUCGACGAGCUCUGCUCGAGGAGCGCCAUGGGGCAGCGUGACCAACUCUCGAGGUAUCGCUUGAGCUCCAUGUCCACCAAGACGAUGUCCGUCUGCUUUAAAACACAAUCGAAGAUGACCCUGCUCAUUGCCGGCACGAUGACCGGGAACGCACCAGAGGCCUGCACGGUGGCCUGGGCUUGCUUGGCCGCUUGCUUCGCAUCUUGGUUCGACGCUUUGCUGGCAGCGGGCGUCCAACUGUCGACGUUCGGUUCGAGCUGGUCGUAGUGGUCCUUCAGCACCUUGGGCAGCUUCGAGAGGUCGAAGUUGGAGAGGGACCCGUAUCAAUAUGGGAUGGUGGCUUCUGCCAUGACAGCCACAAUCACAACCUCCCCCAGCAGCGAAGCCACGACGCAGCCUGACCACUGCGGGCGAGGGUCAGUGCCUCCAUUGCGAAGUUGCAGGCGACGGCGGCUUCGUCCUGCGCGCCCUUCCCCUUGUCCCAGCGCGCCUUCGGAACGACGACGCCGGCCUUGAAGUGUGUCUUCAGUCGGCGCAUCAGAGCAGGGGUGAAAGACAGGAAAAAAAACGUCAAAGCCUGCGAAGCCUGCUGCUACGUGCCAGAGAACAGGUCCUGCACGCAGGCCAGCUUGACCGUCACGGGGUUCGGUCCCACGUAUCCAAACUUCGCGAGCUCCGCAAGUAGGUUGAAACCACCCUCCUCUUUGCGGAUGGUCUUCAUCUCCUCCUGGAGCUCUGUCAAGUCCUUCGACCGCUCCACGCCCGCCUUCGCAGCGGCAGGCGCCGAAGGCGCGGCCGCCGGGACGCCAUGGCGUCGAGAGCAGAGAAUGUCGAAAUCGGGAUGCCUGCGCAAUAGCAAGUACGCCACCGAGAGACAGAAAACCAAACGGAGGAGCAGACAUAGCGCGAAAGGUGUGAAUAAGCGAGCCCAG